AUGAUGCACAUCGAGGAUCCUGCGGAGAUCGCAGCGAUUGCGACCGAGUUCAUCUCGAAUCUAGACAACUUGCCGCAAGAGGUCAGUCACAUGGUCAAGGAGAUCGAACACAAGGAUGCCAAGAUCCAAGACCUUCUCUCCAAAAUUGCUGCUAGAGAAUCGCAACUGAGGGAAAUCUUGCAAAAGAGCGGAGGCGGACUGUCAAACCCUUCAGGCAAUCUGUCGGAAGCAGACCGAGUAAAGGCGGAAAAGCUAGCGGAAAAGAUCCGGACCGACUAUGGACGUGCAGAUGAAUGGAGCUCGCAGAAGGAAGCCUUGAGUAUACGUCUUUGGCGAUCGAUCCAUGCGCACCACAAGCAUCUCAAAGAAGAGAUGAACAAGAUCAGUCCAUCCGUACUCAACAACUUCUCUUCAACAGCUUCGAUCGGAACGCCACAGGUACCUUCCUUGUCUGCACUACCGGCAGCCUUAGCAGGACUCAAGAGUCCAGCAGUGGAGAUGGACUCGCCGCUUGCUGGACUAAAGCGCAAGGGAAGCAUAUUAUCGCCUGGUGUUGGUACCCUCACUCCUGGCACGCCAAUGAGUGCGGCAGCAAGAGCGAGAGCAGGAGGACGCACGACACCGGUCGAAUCUGGAUCUCCUGCACCGCCCGAGAGAGGAUUGGGAGGGUCGAUUCGAGGCGUCGGUGCUUCACGCAAGACACGCGGCGGGUCGUUAUCGGCCAGUGGACCAGGAAGGUCUGGCUUGUCACAGAGCACCGAACUCGGAUCACUGGGACUGGAAGGAUUCGAGGGCGAGCCUGGCGAGGGCGAAGAAGGAGAAGAGAAGGACGACACGCCGUACUGCUUCUGUCAGCGAGUGUCGUUCGGCGAGAUGAUCGGAUGCGACAAUGCCGAAAACGAUCCGGACUGCAAAGAAUGGUUCCACAUUGGAUGUGUCGGAGUCACCAAGCCACUGCCUCAGAAAUGGUACUGCUCCGAAUGUCUGGCCAAGCUCAAGAACAAGCGUCGAAGGCAAUAG